AUGGCCAUCACCGUGGUUAUAGCUAUAAUCAUAAUCAUAAAUAUCACUAUGGUCACAAUCGCAAACAUGCUCGCUGUAACCGUCACAGCUAUUAGCAUAUCCACGAUGUUUUGUCAUCGUCACCAUCACCAAGAAUACGAUUAUAAAAAUAAGCUUGAGUACAGGCUCCAAAAUCACGAAGGAUAUCAUCACAAAUUUGGCCACCAUUAUCAUUCGGAGUAUCACGAGGAACAUAAGCACGAGUGCCAUCGUCACCACGACCACAAGCACAAAAAUGACUACAACCAUUAA